UUAUUCACAGCAGAAGCUCUCACAGCAUAACAAUGGCUUCCACCGCAACUUCACCCUCCUCUCUCAUGCUAACGUACGCCGCCUCCUCUCCUCUCCCUACCCAAGACUUCAUCGCCCCUUCUCUCUCCUUCAAGACCAAGCCUCUCUUCAGGGCUUUCUCUCUUUACCCACUUGCGCUCCAGGCCAGAGAGAGGCGGCCCAGUGGUAAUGGCCCAUACGAUGUGGUUGUGGCCGCUUUGGCUGCUGAAGCUGAGGUAGCUGAGGCCGUGGAGGAGGUGGAAGGUGGGGAGGGUGACGCUGUUUCCACCGCGCCGCCGCCUAAGCCGAAGAAAGGGAAGGCUGCGUUGCUGUUGAAGAGGGACAGGACGAGGUCUAAGAGAUUCUUGGAAAUUCAAAAACUGAGGGAAAACAAGAAAGAGUAUGACCUGCAGACGGCAAUAUCAUUGCUUAAGCAAAUGGCAAGUACAAGGUUUGUGGAAACAGCUGAAGCACAUUUUCGGCUCAACAUUGACCCCAAAUAUAAUGAUCAACAACUGAGAGCAACAGUGAAUUUGCCAAAGGGAACUGGACAGACUGUUAAAGUUGCUGUUCUAACACAAGGUGAAAAGUUUGAUGAAGCAAAAAAUGCUGGAGCAGAUUUGGUUGGAGGAGAGGACUUGAUAGAACAGAUAAAGGGAGGAUUCAUGGAUUUUGACAAGUUGAUUGCUUCUCCAGAUAUGAUGCCUAAGGUUGCAAGCUUAGGAAAACUUCUGGGACCACGAGGACUCAUGCCAAAUCCAAAAGCUGGUACUGUUACAACUAAUAUACCUCAGGCUAUAGCAGAAUUCAAGAAGGGAAAGGUCGAGUACAGAGCAGAUAAAACUGGAAUUGUUCACUUACCUUUUGGGAAGGCUGAUUUUUCUGAAGAAGAUCUUCUUGCAAACUUGAUUGCUGCAGUAAAAUCAGUAGAAACUAACAAGCCAUCGGGGGCAAAGGGAGUAUACUGGAGAAGCGCACACAUAUGCUCUUCCAUGGGGCCUUCUAUUCGAUUAAAUAUAAGGGAGAUGCUUGAUUACAAAUCUCCGUCGAGUGUCUGAAGAAUUUAUCAAAGUUGUAAAUUACAUCUUCUACUGCUUAAUUAGCUGCAAGGGUGUCUCCAUUGGAGCUGUUUAAUAUUUAGAAGAAGCUAAGAAAAACAGAAACUAGGAUGAGAAGAGCUGGCCUUGAUGGGUGUCUCCUGCUCAAAACAAACUGUUGCAGGGUCGUUGUAUCUUCUUUCACAGCAGUUGAGCAAAAUCUUUUAUCAACACAGUUACCAAUAUUAUCAAAAUUUUUACUGGGAAGUUGUCUCUCAACGCUCUGGGAUUUUGUUUGUAUGUUUAUUAGUUGUGCCAUCAUGGGUUCAAAUUGAUCCA